GGGGAAAAUGCCGGGUUUAGAGGAGAGCAAGGCAGCCAUUCUGUUCCUCCUUUCUCUCUCCUCUCUUCGUCCCUGCGUAGAGAGGGAGAGAGAGAGAAGGAACCCCUUUUGCCUCCUCUUUCCUGCCAAGAACCACAUUUUCCCCCAAUCUUUCUUCAGAUUUUCCACACAAAUCUGUACGCCUUUUCGGUCUAAAGAAAAAUUCAGCAUCGAUAUUGGUGUCUUUCUGCAAGAAAGGUGGGCAUUGGCAGCACCAACGCUCCAUCCAUUUACCUUCUGAGCAAACAGCUUCCUGUGAAGAUCACCUUUUCUUGGUGCUGCAAUCUGCAUUGGCACCAAAUCAAGAUUCAACAUUUGCUCCCAUAUCAUCAAACCAAGAUUCAGCAGUGUGAUUUUGGUUGCCUUGAAGCUGCAUUGAGGAACCUUUCAUGUGAUUUUUUUGAUGCACAUUGAUCAUCCAUGGCUGCGAAAAACCAUGCGAGAUCCCAGGACUUCUGGAGGAGAUUCUGGUCCAUGCUGUCUUAUGCUUGCAGCGAGCUUUGCUUGAUCAUCCUGCUCCAUGUGGCCGCAGGAGCAUCCUACCUGGCGACGAGGUUGGCGCGCAUCCACAAGCUCAAGAUGCCAUGCAUCCUGUGCACAAGGAUGGAUCAUGCCCUUCAUGGGAAGCCAUGGUUCUCUUCGGAUUUGGUCUGCGCCGCGCAUAGGUCGGAGAUAUCAUCUCUGGCAUACUGCAGUAGCCACAACAAUCUUGCACAAUGUGAUGAUCUCUGCAAAAGAUGCACUGUAGCAACGAAUGAUGUGGUUGACACAAGGAGAUCGAAAUCCAGGCAGCUGUGUUCUUGCUGUUCGGAGCCAUUCACCAAGGCGCGCAAUGCGCAUAGGAUUUCUGAGACUGCCAGUGUUUCUGGGGAGAUCAACCGGGAACAAAUCCCUGCAGAUCAUUCAAAAGAUAAGGCCUUUGUGGUGGGUAUUGAGGAGGUGAAUGAAUCUGAUAGUUCACCACGAACAUAUGAACAAUCCACAAAGAACAAUGGCGCUUCUGGAAAUGCUGGGACUGCAAAGCUAGCACCCAGUGGAUCUACUGUGCCUAUGCGCGUUUUCGUCGAUCGCAACAGCAGCGUAAAGAACGGUUUCAUAAGUAGGGCCAAUCUUUCAUCACCUCGGCCAUCACAAAUAAUCUCUGCCAAGGACAGCAAUUCAACCACUCAGCAAGAAGUGAAGGCAUUCCUUUCACAGAUGUCUACUGUAAGGGGCAUUGACAGUUCUUGGAGUGAUGGAGCUCCUAGCCCCGGAAUCAAUGCGCAAACCGAUGAAAGCAAUGCCAAUGGCAGGAGGCCAUCCCUCGAGAGGAACUAUUCUGUGAUAGAACCAUCGGAUGCGAACCUCGCUGAUGAAGUUGAGGGAGAGAGCUCUCCUGAGAACCUGAAGCGGCUUCUUGAGCUCAACAAGAAGUCGAUGAGUGCUCUCUACAAAGAGCUUGAGGAAGAACGUAGCGCUUCGGCGAUCGCGGCUAGCCAAGCAAUGGCCAUGAUCAAUAAGUUGCAUGAGGAAAAGGCUGCAAUGCAGAUGGAGGCACUGCAAUACCUGAGGAUGAUGGAAGAGCAGGCCGAUCAUGACCACGAAGCGAUUCAGAAUCUUCACGACUUGCUUACGGAGAGGGAGAAAGAAUUACUUGACAUGGAUGCUGAGCUUGAGAACUUCAGGAGGCUAGUCCAGAAUGAACAAUUCAAUGGCGGGAAACAUGAUAUCGCUGGCAUAAUGAAUGAAACAGACAUGCCGUUUGAGGUCUUGAAUGACUUGGGCUACACGAAGAACACCAUGUCGGGUUUCGAAGACGAAAUGGCGUAUAUUUUGGAAUCGAUAAGCAGAUUGGAGGAUAAGCUCUGCGUCUCCACAAACAGACUUGCUUCUGACGAUGCCAAAAUUAAUCAAGAGGGAUUGAUAGGAGGGGCUGAUUUUGGGAGCUCACCAACGCAUGGUGAAUCAACUUCUGAUCAGCAAGAUGAUGGAAACAAAUCUGUUCAGAACCAUAAGGAUAACUGUUCUUGUUCUCAUCCAGAGGAUGGGAAAACGAGUGAUGCAAAUCUUAAGGAUGAAGUCUCACUGUUGCAUACGAGAUUGCAGGCACUUGAAGCUGAUCAGGAGUUUCUUAAGCAUGUGUUAAACUCCCUAAGGUGUAGCCCUGAUGGACUGCAGUGUGUACAGGCGAUAGCCAGCCAUUUACUAGAGUUGAGAAGAAUUGCAACUCAGAGAUAAUUUUCCCCCCUGAUUUCACACCUUCUGGUCAUGAGCUCUUCUCAUGUAGUGCUACAGACCUUCAUGGUGCUUCUUGUUAGAGCAGCAUUGAAGAGGUCUAGAAAUCGAUGUCGGUGAAAGAUCAUCUGAAAUGAGGAAAAGGAGCAUGCACUGACAAAAAAAACUUCCAUUCCUUGUACUAAUCUUCAAGUUUUCAUUGACCAGGCUGGCCCCCUGUUGCUGUAAUUCUGUCACUGCUUCAGUAAAUUACUGAAACAGACAAAGGCAUCUCCUCUAUAUCGAUGUGAUUGCUGUUAGGAGCAAGUUUGUAACUGUAGAUGUAACUGAUGCUUGCGGUUCUUGCAAAAGAGGAGUUUAACUAGUAGAAUAUAUACAGUGUUCAUAUCAAAUUAAUCAAUGUCUCCUUGCUUCAGAAAUGCAAGGUUUUCUGCCUCAUCCAA